AUGAUAAAGACUGAUGAAUUGCCUCAGAAGCGAGAAGCAGACUCAGAAAUUCCUGCAGCAUUGAAAAAGAAAAAAACAAAAGACUCAAAACUCGUGUCAAAAUUUACAUUAAAACCACAGCACACAAGUCCAUGCUUGUCUGAUAUUCAUAAUCUCUUACUUUGGAUAUUAUCAGAAACGAGAGGAACAAUGCCAAAGUGAGUAUUUGUGCAAGUAAUAUCUUUGUAGAAUAAGAAUUUAAUCAACCAAGUUGUUUUGCUAUUCUUGCCUGGACUUGAUCUUUGUGUAUUAAAUGAGCAUUCAGACCAUGCUCCUUUUCUAUCAGCAUUGACUAAAAGGCAUGAUAUUUCGACUGUUCUUAGACAUGGGAAACGGCAAAUAAAUGGAAAAUAUAUUCAUACGGUGAUAGUCAACCAAAAAUCAAUUAAAUGCAAAGUGGAUCAUGGACUUGAAAAAAUUGGGAUAGAAGGCUAUUUGAUGACUGAAAAUCAGUUAUUGGCAAAUAAUUAUGAAAUACAAGAAUAUGAGGGAUGGGUCACAACUGGGUGCAAUAAAAAUGCUGUGCCAAUUAUCGCUUUGGAUUGCGAAAUGGUAAGGACUCAGCAAGGUUUGGAGCUUGCAAGGGUAUCAAUUGUGGAUGCUGACUCAAAAAUUAUUUACGAUAAAUAUGUGAAACCGAGCAGUCAAAUUUUAGAUUAUUUGACUCCUUUUUCUGGAAUAACUCCAGAAAUUUUAGAAAAUAUUAACAUUACUCUUCCACAGGUCCAGCAAGAAAUAUUGGGUAUUGUUUCGUCAGACACAAUAAUAUGUGGGCAUUCGUUAGAAAAUGAUUUAAGAGUCUUAAAGCUUAUACAUUAUAAAAUCAUUGACACUUCAGUCAUAUAUCCUCAUCCUACGCUUGGUUUUAAAUAUAGCUUGAAAAGUUUGGCAGCCAAAUAUUUGAGAAAAAAUAUACAAAACGGUUCUCAUGACAGCGGAGAAGAUGCAGCCGCGGCUCUAGAGCUUGUUACAAUGAAAUUAUGCCAUGGGCCAUCUUUUGGAAUUCCUGAUAUAAAAUAUAUAGAUUCAAAUUUAUUUGAAGACAUUGCUUAUGAAGGUAAAAAAUCAGUUAUGGUCGGGAUUAUAGGGAAAAAUGAAUUAAUUGCUGGAAAUCUAUCAGUUGAUUAUUCUGGAAAAAUUGAUAAAUAUUUCUCGAAAAAUUAUGCACUAAUUGUAUCGGAGUGAAGAGAAAUUAUUGAAAAUAAAUCUUUUCAGCAUAGGGAAAGAGAUAUUCCAAGGAUUAUUAGCGAAUGAGACACAAAAUUGAAAGAACUUGUUAAAACGGCACCACCCAAUACUGCAUUUAUGAUUAUGUCAGGCGAAGGAGAUGUACAUUUGGCCGCCGAGUAAUGGGUAUUUAGAAAUGAUGAGCAAAGGUCAAAACAUCAAGAAACCUGGACAUCAGAGCAGGAAAUCGAAUGAAACAAGCUCCAAUUCAAUCUCAAUAAAACUUUUGGAAUCUUGUUUUGCCCUAAUCAAGUGAAAUUAGAAUAG